GCAACAGAAGGAGGAGGUGCCGAGCUGACUACUACAAUUGCUGCAUGAACACGGCGAGCACACCCUGCAAGGGAGCAAGCUACUGCUAGCAGCCGCUGCAAAAUGUCGGGGAAGAGUUUUCGCGUGAGCGACGGGGACUGGAUUUGUCCCGAUAAAAAGUGUGGGAAUGUGAACUUUGCCAGAAGAACUAGUUGUAACAGAUGUGGCAGGGAGAAAACCACAGAGGCGAAGAUGAUGAAAACCGGAGGAACAGAGAUUGGGAAAACCCUGGCUGAGAAGAGCAGGGGCCUCUUCAGCGCAAAUGACUGGCAGUGCAAAACAUGUGGCAAUGUGAAUUGGGCUAGGCGUUCAGAGUGCAAUAUGUGCAACACUCCAAAGUAUGCCAAGCUUGAGGAGAGAACAGGUUAUGGUGGUGGUUUUAAUGAAAGGGAAAAUGUUGAAUAUAUUGAACGAGAGGAAUCUGAUGGUGAAUAUGAUGAAUUUGGUAGGAAAAAGAAAAAGUACAGGGGGAAAACCAGCACAACAUCAUCCUCAAAAGAACCUGAAAAGAAAGAAGUGGUAAAACGUGACGAGGAGGAGGAAGAAGAGGAAGAUGAUGAAGAAGAUGGGGAUCUUUCAAAGUACAAACUGGAUGAUGACGACGAAGAUGACGGUGAUGGGGAUUUGUCAAAAUAUGACCUUGAUGCUAGUGAUGAAGAUAAAGCGGCUAAGAAAAAGGGCAGUCGCUCUGGAUCUUCCCGUUCACGCUCUUCCUCGCGUUCCUCCAGCUCCAGUUCACGGUCGAGGUCCAGGUCCCGUUCUAGAAGCUCAUCCAGUUCCAGGUCUGGAUCUCGCUCGAGGUCUCACUCCAGAUCCAGCUCCAGGUCUGGAAAGGGCUCCUCUCCCCGGAAGAGGUCCCGCUCACCUUCCUCCUCACCAGAGAGGAGUCAGAAGCGCAGUCGCUCCAGGUCCUCAUCUGGAGGAAGGAAACGGAGGCGUUCUAGAUCGCGUUCGUCCGAAAGGUUUGGGUUUCUGUGGAAUACCACAAUGGCACUGAUUUUUAUUAGGCGUCUUGCCUUAUUUUUGGGAAUUGACAGAAAACGUGUUUACAUCCUUUCUGCUCUUUAUCUUGAAAAUGUGACCCUAUACUUUUUAUGUACGCAUAACAAAAUGUCUGUAGCUGGUCCCGCUGACUUUAUUCUUCCCAUGGUGUUUGUGAUUUCAGGCGCCGUGGCCAUUCCUCUGGAUCCUCCCAUUCUGGCUCCAGUUCAAAAAAGAAAUAACAUUGCUGCAGCUUAAAAAAAAAAAAAAAAAGGAAAGCAAACCUUAGUACAAGUGCAUGUUGUGUUGCAAGGAAAAUGACCACAUCCAUUCAGUAUCUUCAUUUUCAUUGAACCUCCAAAGUCUUACUUCCUGUCAGCAGCAGCAAUGUGACUCUUCUGCUGUUACCUCCAAUUACUUGCUCCUUUUCCAAAACCACCUUCACCCCAAUCUGUGACAAGUGUCUUUAAUUAUAGGUGUUCAAGAAAACAUAGAUGUGUGGUCCUGCGAAGAGGCUGUAUGCCACUUUGUAAUUCAUUAUGCUCUAUUAUCUCAUGGCAGUAUUUAAAGUCUACUCGAGUGGGGAAAAAAUAAAACCUUUGCAUUCGGUCUUCAGAUAAGGCUUUUAAACUUUUUUUUUUUUAUUAUUUUUUAAAGGCUUCACUACCACUUACCAGAAAUGUAGCGUUUCUUUUUUUAUGAUUUCAAGGUAAGUAUCUUGUUAUUACUUAUUUUAACUAGGUGGUGAAAACCUGAAAACCUUUUUUUUUUUAGAUCUGUGGGGUUUCUGUGCACAUUUGUGGCCUGAUUUCUUAGUUAUUCUUCGCUCACCAACUGCAAAACAAAACACAUCCAAUAAAUGACAGAUUUUUGUGCUCCAGGUUAAUUCAACAAAAGAAGUUGUGUGGGAUUCAUAGUAGAAUGUGCUAAUGCAGUCUUUUUAGUGGUGGAACAGAAAUGUACACAUGUAAAUAAAAUCCUGUCGACAUUG